CAGUAUUGACGGUUCGUAUCGCAUCUCGCAGAUGCGGUAUCGCAUCAGUCAGUGACGCACGUGUAGAUGGUACAUCCCAUUUACACGUUAAGUUAUUAAACAUGGGCGUGAAUGAAGAAAAUGUGAGACCUAAGGGCCUGGGCGUUCGACACGCGCAAACUGCGCUUCUAUUCCUCGCGAUGCUACUGGCUUUCACUAUGCGCGUGAAUAUCAGUAUGGCAAUUGUCGGUAUGACUGACAAGACUAGCAAAGAAUAUUUCGAUUGGAGCCAUGUACAGCAGUCUGUGAUCCUGUCAUCUUUCUUCUGGGGAUAUGUGGUGCUGCAGAUCCCAGCCGGGGAACUGGCCAGUCGCUUCGGAGGGAAGAUGCUUUUGGGGAUAUCAAUAAGUGUCAAUUCGGCGCUGUCACUUCUGUUACCAAUUGGAGCUACUUACGGCGGCUGGCAAAUGGUUUGCGGGUUCCGUGUCCUCCAGGGUCUGACGCAGGCCUUCGUAUUCCCGUCCAUGCACCAUCUGGUGGCACAGUGGGUCCCACUUGAGGAGAAGGGAUUACUGACCACUAUUAUUUAUGCCGGCGCUCAACUGGGUAUUGCUCUUCAGCUGAUAGCAGCCGGUUUCUUGGCGACGUAUCUUGGUUGGGCCUCCAUUUUCUACGUAAAUGGGACUCUAGGGGCAAUAUGGACAGCGUUGUAUAUGUUCUUCGGUUCUAAUUCUCCGGAACAUUCGAAGAUUAUGUCGAAAGAGGAGCUCCAAUAUAUCCAAAAGUCGCUGGGAAGAGUUGGAGCUCAUGAGAAACAUCCCACCCCGUGGUUAAAGAUAAUGACAUCGCUUCCCUUUUGGGCGGUGAUAGUGGCUCACUGCGGGCAAAACUGGGGAUUCUUCACACUGAUGACUGAAAUACCCACGUACAUGGCCAAAGUACUUGGCGUUGACUUGAAAAGCAAUGGCAUGUUAUCUGCUCUUCCAUACCUGGCGAUGUAUUUACUAAGCUUCCCAAUGGGUGCCAUGACAGACCUCAUCAUCAGGCGUAAAUGGCUGAGUGUCUCCAAUACUAGAAAACUUUCCAAUUCCAUAGGUUUAUGGGGCCCAGCUAUAGCCCUAAUCGGGUUGUCGUAUUCGCCAGCUGGCAAUAUGGUCAUGGCUGUAAUCAUGCUUACAGUAGCUGUUGGCAUAAAUGCCGGCCAGUACACGGGGUAUAUGUUGGUCCAUAUCGACUUGGCGCCCAACUUCAGCGCCAAUUUGAUGGGCAUCACUAAUUUUGCGGCCAAUAUCAUCUCCAUCAUUGCACCUCUCGUUUGCGGAGUUAUUGUUAAUGACGAGACGGAUCCGGCCGAAUGGCGCAAAGUAUUCUUCGUGGCAUCAGCGGUAUAUUUUGCUACAAAUCUGUUCUUCAUACUCUUCAGUACGUCGGAGAGACAGCCGUGGAACGAGCCCGAGGACAAAGAUAUCGAAAUGAGGAUCACAGAAAAAGCAAACAAUGUAACGAAUAAAUUUUGAAGAAAGAACAGAAUUUUCAAUCGUUGUACCUGAACAAAUUAAUAUUAAAACCUUUACAAAUUAUAAGUGUUAGUUU